UCGGGAGAGGUGGUGGGCUGCGGCGUGAGGCGAGUGGUGGCGGGGGAGCCGAGCGCGGCCGCUGAUUGGCUGGGCGCCGGGGUCAGCCCUUGCCCGGUGACCUCGGAGUGAGGAGGCGGCGGCGGAGAGGUGGCUCCCCUCCAGUCAGCCAGUCGGCCGCUCGGUGCGGAGUGGUGUCCCCCUCGCCCAGCAGCUCCCCUCCUUUCCCUCCCCGCCGUACCCGCGGUCCCCUCUCCCCCGCAUCCUUCUGCCCCCCUCGCCCGGCCAGCGAGGGGGGGAAAGCGGCUGAGGCGCCGAGGCUGGGCCCGGCCCCGGGCAGGAAGACGGACAGACUUGUGCCACUUCGGAGGAAACUUGCAAGUUUGAAUCCAAAACGAAAGCCAAGAGGUAAAAAUGUAGCAGACGAAUCCGGUAUCCAGGUGAAGCAGUUUGCCUGAUGUGGUGUUUCUGCAAACAAGGUUAUUUAUAAUGAAGACAGAAAGUACACCUUUGAAAAGUGACCUCUACCUAUAAGGUGACCAGUGAGACCUCAUGACCCUUCUUUAGGAGGUGGAUUCUGCUAGGAUGUUACAUCACCACUGUCGGAGGAACCCCGAGCUACAGGAAGAAUUGCAGAUUCAGGCUGCGGUGGCCGCUGGGGAUGUCCACACUGUGCGCAAGAUGUUAGAGCAGGGCUAUUCUCCAAACGGCCGAGAUGCCAAUGGCUGGACCUUGCUCCACUUCUCGGCAGCACGAGGGAAAGAAAGAUGCGUUCGUGUAUUCCUCGAACAUGGAGCUGAUCCCACAGUGAAAGACUUAAUUGGAGGCUUCACCGCUCUGCAUUACGCAGCCAUGCACGGCCGGGCCCGGAUUGCACGCCUGAUGCUCGAAUCGGACUACCGUGUUGAUAUCAUCAACGCAAAGAGCAACGACGGCUGGACUCCUCUGCACGUGGCCGCUCACUACGGCAGAGACUCGUUUGUACGUCUCCUCCUGGAGUUCAAGGCUGAGGUCGACCCACUCAGCGACAAAGGCACUACGCCACUUCAACUGGCCAUUAUUCGCGAGAGGUCCAGCUGUGUCAAAAUACUCUUAGACCACAAUGCCAACAUUGACAUUCAGAAUGGCUUCCUGUUACGCUACGCUGUGAUCAAAAGCAAUCACUCGUAUUGCCGGAUGUUCCUUCAGAGAGGGGCAGAUACAAACUUAGGGCGCUUAGAAGAUGGACAGACGCCAUUGCACUUGUCUGCUCUUAGGGAUGAUGUCCUCUGUGCACAGAUGUUAUACAACUACGGGGCAGACACUAAUACAAGGAACUAUGAAGGACAGACUCCGCUGGCAGUUUCCGUAAGCAUUUCUGGAAGUAGCCGGCCUUGUUUGGAUUUCCUACAGGAAGUAACAAGGCAGCCCAGGAACUUGCAAGAUCUAUGCCGAAUUAAAAUCCGCCAGUGUAUAGGCCUUCAAAACCUCAAACUACUUGAUGAACUACCAAUUGCCAAGGUCAUGAAAGACUACUUAAAACACAAAUUUGAUGAUAUCUGACGUUUUGCAAAGAGAGUUAUACAAUGAGCAAGAUUAGUUUAUAUUCCAGAUACCUUUCAAAGGCUGGUCGCCUUGCACAACGUAUAUCCUAUGCAAUUUCUGAUUUUUUGUUUUUUCCGAGAAGUCAGAAGGCAGGUAUACAAUUCCUUGCGGGGGGGGAGUGUUUUAUACCAAAUGCUAGAAGGUCUUAAUUUUUUUUUUUAAUUCCUUGGUCCAAGUUUACAAGAUCCAAGCUUUCUAUACAAUCUUACAAUUAUGGGUUGUAUGCUGGGGGGAUGGGGGGGAUUUUUGGUUCUAGGCAUCACUUUGAAAUGAAAAGCAACCUUAAACUUGCAGCUUUGGGAUGAAGAAUGAACCUUUGCUCCUUUGAAAAAAGCCUUCUCCCACCCUACCCCCACGUAGCAUGUGUGAUACUGUGAGAUGGCUGAGUGAAUGCUCAACAGAGGAGGACUGGGAGAUUUAAGGGAGCACACACACACCCCACACUAGGUACUGCUUCUGUGCAGCCUCCAUUCAUUUCAAGGGGGCUUCAGGGGGGAUUUCCCAGGCAGACCCCUCAGAAACUGCAUGACAGUGCUUGGCAGAGUUGCAUAUCGUAGGGGUUUCCGAAUGUUGUUGAUUGCAACUCCCAUAAUCCCAGCCAAAGGCCAUUGCAGUUGGGGAUGCUGGGAGUUGUAGUCAACAGCGUCCCGGAAUCCCUGAGACGGGACACGGGUGCUCAGUGGAUUAAACCCACUAGCACAGCUCCCAUAUCAAGGGCCAAGAUGGUUGUGCUUGGGCCCGUUAGGAGUCCUGACAUUUUGACUGGAUUCCAUGUGGACACACACUUCUGCCCAUAUGGAGUGUUUUCUUUUUCCUCUUCAGAAUCAUGACCCAGGCUUGUAACUAGGAUCUUCAGAGUCUAUAGUAAACAUGACAACUCACUGGAAGCAUUGCCACCUUCAUUUCUUUCCUUUAAAAAAAAAGUGCAAGUUGGCUCUUUAUAACAUAAUUAUUGUCGUUCUUAGAUGUCCAUAUGUCAUGUAUCCCUCCUUCUAUGCCAGUACUUGGGUUGCUGUUUAUAAUUAAGUUCAGCACUGCUCAGAUUCCUCUUUGGUCUUGGUGUAGCUUUUUUCUUUUAGGAAAACAUUAAUGGAAAACAAAUCUUAAUUUCAAAGUCAAUGCAUUCUGUUUCUCAUAUAGCGCCUCAUGUGCAAUAAUUUUUUCGAUUAUGUUUUCUCCUUCACACAUGUGAUUUUCACACGUUCUUACCCUGGCCUCAGUAUAAUGGAUGUUUGCAAUUGAAAUUGCUGCUUUAUUAUUGCUAGGUCACUUGUAGUAGUAUAAGCCCUCCAAAUUUCAGAAAUAUUCAAUCUGGACACCUGUGGUUCACUUUUUGAGCUAAUCUUUUUCCCAUGCAAGAGCCUAAUCUGUGGAAUUCAUAAGACCAGAAUCGAGUUAGCAGUUUGGGUUUAUCUUUUUUUUUUUUAAAGGGGCUCAGCGAUUGGUUUUUCUGCCAUUUGUUCACCUCCCUUUAUAUUAAACAAGACUUUGGGACAGUCCAAGCUCAGUUUUGCUCAUAUGGACUGUGGGAGAAUCCUCUCAAAAUUCCUGAAAAUAUGAAUUGUGUGGGCACAUACCUUGUCCACAGGGAGACUGGUAUGAAACUGAAAUCUAAUGUGUCCAGAUGUGAAUCCAGGCAAAAUCGAGGUAUGCACAGUUUUCAUUCAUAAGUAUGUCAAAGCUUGAGUGAGUUGGAUAUGCCAUAACGAAAUUAUCAGUAUGGCCCCCUUCCCCUCCCUCUCUCUCUCUCUCUCUCUCAGAAUUCUUUAUGCAACACAGACAAGCCUUUACCACUAGCAAGAAAAUAACCAUUUGAGCAGGGCUCUGAACUUUGCAGAAGCCCUGCUCUCACUGCUUAGCUUGAUACUGGUGCGUGAUUUCAGUUACUACACUGCUCCUGUGGAUAUCCUAAGACUUUAGAAAGCCUGGGAACGGAAAGCCUCCCAGAAGGAGGCUUCUGGGUUUGCUGCUUCUGCUCAGAUGGAGUGUUUGUGUGCAUUUUGUCAAGAUCUCUCAUCACCUUGAAUGAAGCCUGAAACUUUUGGAGUAGAUCAGGGCCAUUGGGGAGCAUUGUUGGGUCUUUUUCCAUUUUGAGUCUCCCUUGCUGCCACUCUUCAUGCCCCACCUCUUGUCUUCUCGAUGGGGCAGAAAGAGGCAGGUAACUCAGUCCAAAGCUGUGAGCUCAUCAGUAAUUAACAGGAGCAGCAGCACGACCCGUUCUCAUUGGCAUCACUCCGCAUGUUGCCAGUGGGUUUCGAGGAGCCAUGGUAGCAAAGAUUACUCUGCUCUGUUGGGCCUCCACUUUCCACAAGGCAGGGUGGCUCAGAACAGAAGAUGAAAUGGCUUGCGGCAUCUGAUCUGCUUCAGUAGUAGCCACAGAAAAGCGAAUCUUGUGGGGAAACUAGCAGUUGGGGUGGCCACGUUACAUAGAAUUGACAGACUUCAGGCUUGUUCACACAACUGUUAACUGGGUAGGACAGGUGCAGCACAUGCUCCCAAUUUACAGUUGUGAGUAAAGAGCAAGGUAGGAGGUGGGGAGUGUGAUUGACAAGCCUCGGCUGGGUAGGACUUCCUUCCCUCCUACCCCAUUCAAAAGCUGGGGAUGGAUUGUGGGUAGGGCAUGCUUGUCCUACCCAGCUGACGCUUUGCCGAGAUUACACUCCCCUCCUCAUCCCUUGGUUUUUACCUGCACACAACUGAAAAUCAAGAGUGCACACAUCUUCUGAAGCUGGGUAGGAUGUUUGUCCUACCCAGUUAAUCGUCAUGUGAACAAGCCUAUAGCAUUCAUUUUUUGCCCUUGACUAUCAGUCAAAUAUAAUACAUUGCAGAUCCUAUUGUGAAUGCAAGAUUUUGCAAAGCAGUUGACAAGGCCUCUGUUUUCUAGUGGAACGGUGCUAAGAGGUGCUGUUCAGUUUCCCUCCUCUUCCUAGAAAUAUUCCAGAAGCCCUCUAGUAGUGAAUCUCUUCUGAAUUUAGAUUCUUUGGUAUCUAAGGCCCCAAUCCAGAUAAAGUUAGUCAUGCUUAAAAGGUGGUGAGUUAACCACAGAGUUGAAGGUUUAUCUUGACUUGGUGAAUUUUCAUCACCCAUGAUAGUACAUUCUCUGGUUGUCUCUACCGGUUCAGGGAUCCACUGUAAGGUGAAUUUUAUUCUGUCUUGCUGCUGUGACUUAAACAAAAGUUAGAAACUGUCUUGCUGGUUACAAAAGUGCUAUUUAAUGAAAUGUAUAAUUCCAUUAUUUAUUUGUGUUGAGGUUUGUUGUUUUUUCUUUUUCUUUUUUAAUCCUUGACACUUAUCUUUAAAAUGAAGUACAUCUUAAACUGUAAACAAAAGUCUUGUGUAAUCCCUCAAGUUCUCUCUGACCCUUCCUUUCAAUAAAGCUAAAUUUGCAGGUUUCAAAGUGGGGGGGGGGAGACGCUUCAGGUUCCAGUUUUGUAGAAAGUUAAGCACUUGAUUUAUUAAAUAACUGAGUAGUCUUUUUUUUUUUUUUAAACCCCUCCUCUUAAUGUUCAGGGGACUCCAUAGCUUAUGUCCUAUGUUGAAUUGUGGCCAAAGGACAGAACAUACUAGGUGUACCUCCACACAGAAACCCAGUUGGAUCAGAAAGAAAUUAUGUUGAUAUGUUUUUGUUUUACAGCAAGAAGAUGAUGGUAAUUUUCCAUUAAAAGUUUGGGCUUAAUCUAGACAAGCCGAGAGACUCUAUCCUAGGUCUAUUAUUACUUCUUGAAUAUUUAACUUUUUAAAAAAAAAGUUUAAAAACAAAAUACGCAAAUUGGCAAUUGCACCAAAGAAACGGACAAGAUUAUGAUCACUAAACCACAAACCUCAUUCUUUUAAAAACAAAACCAGAGUUUUGUAAAUAUUUCUGUUUAUAAGUGUACAGCAGAGUAAGAGUGUGUGUAUGGUUUUUUAGAUUAUUUAAUUAUAUUUCUAAUCUAUUUACAAUAUUAGAGACCAUAUUUGUUAGUUCCAAAGGCUUCUGUUUGGGUUAUUAUUAUUAUUAUUAUUAUUAUUUUCGCUGAAUUCAUUACUCAUGCUAGGAGCAUCUCUGCCCUCAACGGGACAGCCUCAAGAUGCAACACAUUAUAACUGGUAUUAUCCAGAUGCUUCACAUGGACAAGGGGGAGCAAGGCCCACUGUGGGUAUUACUCUGGCUCCACCCUGCCGAUGGUGGCUUGCAGAUUAGGAGCUAGCCAUAGGGUUGCGUGUCUCCUUUCUCCCCUUUUCAGCAGAAAUUCAUUGCACCUCCCUACCACACCCCUCAGCUGGAUCUUAGCAAUAUCUUAUUUUUACAUCUGUACCAGUGCGGACCAGGAUUCCCCCAACACACACACACACCCCCAUCCCUGUAGUUCGCAAAUUCUGAUGGGGUUAAGAUGGGAGCCCUAAUUUAGUACAAACCAUGGCUAGCUUUGAUGCAGAUGUAAUGCUAAACUGUGGCAGAGACCAACCAGGGAAAGGGGAGCAGAAUUGGUUCUGUUCCUAAGGCUGGAUUCUAAUUUGCCAGUUGUGAUUUGUAGGGAGAAGUAUUCCCUGUAACAGGGAUUCCCAGAUGAUGUUGAUGACAGCAACUCCCAUCCUCCCCAGCCAAAGGCCAUUGAAGAUGGGAAUGCUGGGAGUUGUAAACAUCUGGGAAUCCCUGCUGGAGGGAAUGCUGGUAGGGAGCCGAUGUUCCGUCUACACUGGGGCUGAAUGGAUGGAGAACACCAGCCCAUUAGGGCUUCUCUUCUGACAAAAUUCCCCAUGGAAGCAAAUUGGUGGCUCUUGAGCUGUGCAAGCUCCCAUUCACUUUGAGGGGGCUUGACCUGGCAACAUUGAGCAGUGGCAUCACCCGCUUGUCAUUUUUUUAUGAAGGGUAGACGGAGGAGGGUUAAAAUCCAAAUCAAAGGUCAGUUCGGUGUCGCAACCCCCACUGUGAGAAGAAUGGCGUACUGUUUUCCCCACCACUCUCUCUUCCAUGCAGCUCUUUCUGUAUUAGCAAUAUCGUAACAUAUUUUGUUCUUCCUUUUGUAAUGUAAGGUUUUUUGCGUUCUAGUCAUUUUGAAUUAAAAUAAUUACCAAAUUCUUUUAAA